AUGGAGAAUGAAACCCCGUGGAGUGGUGUCGAGACGACCGUUGAGGAUCCCGAGGAGCUCGGAGUGAUCUUUCGUACCCUUGACUCCUACCAACAAUACGCCAAGGUCGCUCACUUCCAGUGCACUCACAUACGCAGGCAGGCGUUCUAUGCCCUGCCGCAAGCUCACUGGAAGAGGCUUGCUGCGCCUCCAUUUAACUACUUGGACACCUUAGACAAGGUAGAUGAGGCCAUCGACAGCAACGCUGAACUGGCUCGUAUCAUUGUGCAGACCGGCCUCGACAUGUUCCGUAUCGGCGUCCGCCCAGAUAACGACCCCACUGGACCCCUUAGGCUUCCCCGUCAGUGGGAAGGCUCUGCCAGGCACAACGACAUUGACAAAGCCAGGAGUACGAUCCGUCAGUUUUACAGAGACUGGUCCGCUGAGGGUGCCCAAGAGCGCGAAGCCUGCUUUGGGCCAGUCUUGCGGGCUAUCACUGCUGAGCAGGAAGCCCGGGGUCCGGAGUACCCCCCACUCAAGGUCCUUGUUCCUGGUGCUGGCUUGGGACGUUUUGUCUUCGAGUUGUGCUUAAACGGUUUCGACACCGAGGGUAAUGAGAUCUCAUAUCACCAGUUGCUUGCAUCAUCCUACAUCCUCAACACAUGCGAGCGUGCCGGGAUGCACACUAUUUAUCCCUGGAUUCAUACGUUCUCCAACCAUCGCAGCCGCGCCAAUCAUUUGAGAGGUUACUCCAUUCCGGACAUCCAUCCAGCAACGGCACUCGCUGAGGCCGAGAAAACUAGGCGUGUCGGUACCAUGAGCAUGAGUGCUGCUGAUUUCCUGUGUUUGUACGCACAGGAAGACAGGGGGAAUAUGUAUGAUGUCGUUGCCUCUGUGUUCUUCCUGGACACAGCGCCCAAUCUGAUCCGGUAUCUGGAAACUAUUUAUCAUUGCUUGAAGCCCAACGGUAUUCUUAUCAACAUAGGGCCGCUACUGUGGCACUUUGAGGGCCGAGUGUGGGACAGGGAUGAAGGUGAUGACAGCGACGAGCGCAACACUGACACCUCGGGAAUUGCUGACCCAGGUAACUUCGAGCUGACAGACGAUGAGGUAAUGAUGCUGGUGGAACAAAUAGGAUUCAAGGUCGAGCACCGUCAGACGGGGCUUGAGACGCCGUAUAUCAUGGACACACAGUCGAUGUUGCAGACCUCCUAUCGGGCGAGCUUCUGGAUUGCUCGCAAGCCUUUGAAGGAGAAUUAG